UGCAGCCGAGGAGCCCGGACGGGCGGCAGCGGCGGCGGCGGCGGCGGCGGGGGCAGCGGCAGCCCCGGCGCCGAGGCGAGGACUCGGCAGGCUGAGGCUCGGCGGCGGCAGCGGCGCAGGGGGCGCGGGGCGCGGCGGCCGGAGCCCCCGGCCCGCCAUGGGCCGCCCGGAACGGGGCGCGCUCCGGCCGCUGGCGAUGCUGCUGCUCCUGCUGCUGCUGCUUCAGCAUCUCACGGCGGCGGCGGAUCCGCUGCCCGGCGGCAACGAGCCGAUCCAGGAGUGCACAAAGGACCAGUUCCGGUGUCGGAACGACCGCUGCAUCCCCUUCGUGUGGAGGUGCGACGAGGACAACGACUGCUCGGACAACAGUGACGAGGACGACUGCCCCAAGAAGACCUGUGCAGACAGUGACUUCACCUGUGACAACGGCCACUGCAUCCACCAGCAGUGGAAGUGUGACGGCGAUGAGGAGUGUCCUGAUGGCUCUGAUGAGUCAGAGGCCACUUGCACCAGGCAAGUGUGUCCUGCAGAGAAGCUGAGCUGUGGACCCACCAGCCACAAUUGUGUGCCUGCCUCGUGGCGCUGUGACGGGGAAAAGGACUGCAAGGGUGGAGCAGACGAGGCUGGCUGUGCUACCUUGUGCGCCCCGCACGAGUUCCAGUGCAGCAACCGGUCCUGCCUGGCCGCCGUGUUCGUGUGCGACGGCGACGACGACUGUGGCGAUGGCAGCGAUGAGCGCGGGUGUGCGGACCCGGCCUGUGGGCAUCACGAGUUCCGCUGCGGGGGCGGCGGCGCCUGCAUCCCCGAGCGCUGGGUCUGCGACCGCCAGUUCGACUGCGAGGACCGCUCAGAUGAGGCGGCCGAGCUCUGUGGGCGAACGGGCCGAACGGGCCUAGGGACCACGUCGGCGCCCGCAGCCUGUGCCCCCACCACCCAGUUCGCCUGCCGCAGCGGCGAGUGCAUACACCUGGGCUGGCGCUGCGACGGCGACCGCGACUGCAAGGACAUGUCGGACGAGGCCGACUGCCCACUAGGGACUUGCCGUGGGGAUGAGUUCCAGUGUGGGGAUGGGACUUGUGUCCUUGCCAUCAAACGCUGUAACCGGGAACAAGACUGUCCAGACGGAAGUGAUGAAGCUGGCUGCCUGCAGGAGUCAACUUGUGAGGGUCCCCGCAGAUUUCAGUGUAAGAGUGGCGAGUGCGUGGACAGCGGGAAAGUGUGUGAUGCUCAGAGGGACUGCCAAGACUGGUCGGAUGAGCUUCUGAAAGAGUGUGAGGUGAAUGAAUGUCUGCAUAACAAUGGUGGCUGUUCUCACAUCUGCACUGACCUGAAGAUUGGCUUUGAGUGCACGUGCCCAGCAGGCUUCCAGCUCCUGGACCAGAAAACCUGUGGUGAUAUAGAUGAGUGCGAAGACCCAGAUGCCUGCAGCCAGAUCUGUGUGAAUUACAAAGGCUACUUUAAGUGUGAGUGCCAUCCUGGCUAUGAGAUGGACACAUUGACCAAGAACUGCAAGGCUGUAGUUGGUAAGAGCCCAUCCUUAAUCUUCACUAAUCGGCACGAGGUGCGGAGGAUAGACCUGGUGAAGCGGGACUACUCACGUCUCAUCCCCAUGCUCAAGAAUGUUGUGGCACUAGAUGUGGAAGUUGCCACCAAUCGCAUCUACUGGUGUGACCUCUCUUACCGCAAGAUCUAUAGCGCCUAUAUGGACAAGGCCAGUGACCCAGCAGAGCAGGAGGUCCUCAUUGACGAGCAGCUGCACUCUCCAGAGGGUCUGGCUGUGGACUGGGUCCACAAGCACAUCUACUGGACAGACUCGGGCAAUAAGACCAUCUCAGUGGCCACAGUGGAUGGUGGCCGUCGAUGCACUCUCUUCAGCCGUGACCUCAGUGAACCCCGGGCCAUCGCUGUGGACCCCCUGCGAGGGUUCAUGUAUUGGUCUGACUGGGGCUACCAGGCAAAGAUCGAGAAGUCUGGGCUCAAUGGUGUGGACCGGCAAACACUGGUGUCAGACAAUAUUGAAUGGCCCAAUGGAAUCACCCUGGAUUUGCUAAACCAGCGCUUAUACUGGGUGGACUCCAAGCUGCACCAGCUGUCCAGCAUUGACUUCAGCGGAGGCAACAGAAAGAUGCUGAUUUUCUCCACUGACUUCCUGAGCCAUCCCUUUGGGAUAGCUGUGUUUGAGGACAAGGUAUUCUGGACAGAUCUGGAGAAUGAGGCCAUUUUCAGUGCAAAUCGGCUCAAUGGCCUGGAAAUCUCCAUCCUGGCUGAGAACCUCAAUAACCCACAUGAUAUUGUUAUCUUCCAUGAGCUGAAACAGCCAAGAGCUGCAGAUGCCUGCGAGCUGAGUGCCCAGCCCAAUGGAGGCUGUGAGUACCUAUGCCUUCCUGCUCCUCAGAUCUCCAGCCAUUCUCCCAAGUACACAUGUGCCUGUCCUGACACAAUGUGGCUGGGCCCAGACAUGAAGAGGUGCUACCGAACACCUCAAUCUACCUCAACUACGACGUUAGCCUCUGCUACAACAAGGACAGUACCUGCUACAAGAGCCCCUAGGACCACCGUCCACAGCCCCGCCUACCAGAAUCAUAGCACAGAGAAACCAAGCCAGGCAACUGCGACCUCAAACUCAGUUAGUGUCCCCAGGGCUCCCAGCAUCAGUCUGUCUACCCCAAGCCCUGCAACCAGCAACCACUCUCAGCACUAUGGGAAUGAAAGUGGAAAGAUGGGUUCAACAGUCACUGCUGCUGUCAUUGGGAUCCUCGUGCCCAUAGGGGUAAUAGCACUGCUGUGCAUGAGCGGCUACCUGAUUUGGAGAAACUGGAAGCGGAAGAACACCAAGAGCAUGAAUUUUGACAACCCAGUAUACAGGAAAACAACAGAAGAAGAAGAUGAAGAUGAGCUCCAUAUAGGGAGGACUGCUCAGAUUGGCCAUGUCUAUCCUGCAGCAAUCAGCAGCUUUGAUCGCCCACUGUGGGCAGAGCCUUGUCUUGGGGAGACCAGAGAACUGGAAGACUCAGCCCCUGCCCUCAAGGAGCUUUUUGUCUUGCCGGGGGAACCAAGGUCACAGCUGCACCAGCUCCCGAAGAACCCUCUUUCCGAGCUGCCUGUCGUCAAGUGCAAGCGAGUGGCACUAAGUCUGGAAGAUGAUGGACUGCCCUGAGGAUGGGACCACCUCCUUCGUGCCUCAUGGAGUUCAGUCCCAUGUACUACUCUCUCUGGAUGGUGUAUGACUGGAUGAAUGGGUUUCUAUGUAUUGGUCUGUGUGAGAGUAUGCACGUGUGUGUGUGUGUGUGUGUGGUGUGUGUGUAACUUUUUUUUAAUUUAUGUUGCGGAAAGGUAACCACAAAGUUAUGAUGAACUGCAAACAUCCAAAGGAUGUGAGAGUUUUUAUAUGUAUAAUGUUUUAUACACUUUUUAACUGGUUGCACUACCCAUGAGGAAUUCAUGGAAUAGCUACUGCUGAGUGACUAACAUGAUGUACAUAACCAAAUGGGGGCCAAUGGUACAGUACCUUACUCAUCAUUUAAAUACUAUA